UCCCUCAGUCGCAUGAGGCCCAAACGUCGCUGGGGUAGUUGGGGCGGGCGCGGGAAACUAAGCGCCUAGGGGGAGGAAAGAGCACGUAAUCCACGCCACUCCUCCUCUUUCCCCGCUGCAUUGUGGGAUACUGGCGUCCCAAUUCUAACUCUAUUCUCCAUUCCCUUCCCCGCCCGCACCCAGCGGGGCUCUCGGAGGCUGAAGGGGGUGGGAGCCCGGCCGAGGCUACGGCGGCCGGGAAGGGCCGGCCCGGAAGAGAAAGGCGGCUGUGGAGGUGCUGUUUGUCCCAGCUGCCGCCAUGGCCGCGCACCUCAAGAAGCGAGUAUAUGAAGAGUUCACCAAGGUCGUGCAGCAACAGCAUGAAGAGAUUGCAACCAAGAAGCUCCGUCUGACUAAGCCGAGUAAGUCAGCAGCACUCCAUAUAGAUCUCUGCAAAGCCACUUCACCAGCAGAUGCCUUGCAGUACCUCCUUCAGUUUGCUCGGAAACCAGUGGAGGCAGAGAGUGUAGAGGGAGUUGUCAGAAUUCUCUUGGAACAUUAUUACAAGUGGUCUGGAACUGACCCUUCAACAUCUCUGAGAUACACUUGUAGUGGGAAAAGCAAGACAGAUCAGUAUCCAAAAUACAAGGAAAAUGAUGCAUCUGUGAGGCUGAAAAUAGCUUCAUUGUUGGGUUUGUUAUCAAAGACAGCAGGAUUUUCACCAGACUGUAUCAUGGAUGAUGCCAUUAACACCCUUCAGAAUGAAAAAUCUCAUCAAGUUCUUGCUCAGCUUCUGGACACACUGUUAGCUAUUGGCACUAAACUUCCAGAGAAUCCAGCUGUUCAAGCACGACUGAUUGAUGUUGCCUGCAAGCAUCUAACAGACACCUCUCAUGGUGUAAGAAACAAGUGUCUGCAGUUACUUGGCAAUCUGGGCUCUUUGGAAAAAAAUAUUGCCAAGGAUGCUGAAGGCCUGGCUACCAAAGAUGUCCAGAAGAUUAUAGGGGAUUAUUUUGUAGAUCAGGACCCUCGUGUCCGGACAGCAGCUAUAAAAGCAAUGUUGCAGCUCCAUGAAAGAGGACUGAAAUUACAUCAAACAAUUUAUAAUCAGGCCUGUAGACUGCUCUCUGAUGAUUAUGAACAAGUACGGAGUGCUGCUGUUCAGUUAAUUUGGGUCCUUAGUCAGCUCUAUCCUGAAAGCAUUGUCCCCAUUCCUUCUUCUAAUGAGGAAAUUCGCUUAGUUGAUGAUGCUUUUGGAAAAAUUUGUCACAUGGUCAGUGAUGGUUCUUGGGUGGUUCGAGUCCAAGCAGCAAAGCUUUUGGGUUCUAUGGGGCAAGUCAGUUCACAUUUCUUGGAGCAGACCCUUGAUAAGAAGCUCAUGUCGGAUCUCAGGCGGAAGCGCACAGCACAUGAGCGUGCCAAAGAACUGUACAGCUCAGGGGAAUUUUCUAGUGGCAGAAAAUGGGGUGAUGAUGCCCCCAAAGAGGAAAUAGAUACAGGCGCCGUGAAUUUGAUUGAAUCUGGAGCUUGUGGAGCCUUUGUCCAUGGUUUGGAAGAUGAAAUGUAUGAGGUCCGGAUUGCUGCAGUGGAGGCUCUCUGCAUGCUGGCCCAGUCUUCACCGUCUUUUGCAGAGAAGUGCCUUGAUUUUUUGGUGGAUAUGUUCAAUGAUGAAAUUGAAGAGGUGCGCCUCCAAUCAAUACACACCAUGAGAAAGAUCUCUAAUAAUAUCACUCUUCGAGAGGAUCAACUUGAUACUGUGCUGGCUGUCUUGGAGGAUUCCUCACGAGAUAUUCGAGAGGCUCUUCAUGAACUGCUGUGUUAUACAAAUGUGUCAACCAAAGAAGGGAUCCAUCUUGCACUGGUUGAGCUUCUGAAGAAUUUAGCUAAGUACCCAACAGAUAGAGAAUCUAUAUGGAAAUGUUUGAAGUUUCUGGGAGGUAGACAUCCAACAUUGGUACUUCCCCUCGUCCCAGACCUCCUUAGUACACAUCCAUUCUUUGAUACUGCUGAACCUGAUAUGGAUGACCCAGCCUAUAUUGCUGUAUUGGUUCUUAUCUUCAAUGCUGCUGAAACCUGUCCCACCAUGCCUGCACUGUUUUCAGAUCAUACCUUCAGACACUAUGCUUACCUCCGUGACAGUCUUUCUCACCUUGUUCCUGCUUUGAGAUUGCCAGGUAGAAAACUACUGUCAUCUCCUGUUUCCCCAAGCAUCACACCACAUGAAGACCCUUCUCAGCAAUUUCUACAGCAAAGCCUAGAAAGGGUAUAUAAUCUUCAGCAUCUUGAUCCUCAGGGCACUCAGGAGCUGCUUCAGUUUACAAUCCGUGACCUGCAGAGACUUGGAGAACUUCAGUCUGACCUGGCAGGAGUAGCAGACUUUUCUGCCACUUAUCUUCGGUGUCAGCUGCUUCUCAUCAAGGCAUUGCAGGAAAAGCUGUGGAACAUGGCUGCCCCACUCUAUCUGAAGCAGAGUGAUAUGGCAUCCGCUGCUGCUAAACAGAUCUUGGAAGAGACAUACAAGAUGGAAUUCAUGUAUAGUGGAGUGGAAAGCAGACAAGUAGUGAUCAUUCAUCAUAUGCGGUUGCAAGCCAAAGCAUUGCAACUUAUAGUAACAGCACGGACUACCAGAGGAAUGGAGCCCCUUUUUGGAAUGUGUGAGAAAUUUUUGCAAGAAGUGGAUUUAUUUCAGAGAUGUUUCAUCACCGAGUUGCCUCACUUGCAAGACAGCUUUGUGGACAAACUUCUAGACCUCAUGCCUCGACUGAUGACUUCCAAGCCUUCAGAAGUAGUAAAAAUUCUGCAGGCUACACUUCGACAGAGUACUUUUCUACACCUCCCUCUACCAGAAAAGAUCCACAGAGCAACCGCCACAAUUAUUGAGCCAGCUGGCGAGUCAGACAACCCUUUGAGAUUCACCUCUGGGCUGGUGGUGGCGUUGGAUGUUGAUGCGACUCUAGAGCAUGUACAGGAUCCUCAGACAAUUGUCAAAGUACAGGUAUUAUAUCCUGAUGGUCAGGCCCAGAUAAUCCAUCCUAAACCUUCAGACUUCCGAAAUCCUGGGCCUGGAAGACAUAGGCUGAUAACUCAAGUUUACCUCUCCCAUGGUGCCUGGACAGAACCAUGUCAGAUUGAGGUGCGGCUGCUGCUGGCCUAUGACUCGUCCACCCGGAUCUCCAGAGCUGCUUGUUUGGAUGGCACAGAAGCUCUGCCGCUGGUAGAGAAUAGUAUUGAAGGGACCAUCCCCUUUAGCAAACCUGUCAAGGUUUACAUCAUGCCUAAGCCAGCUCGACGCUGACCUCUGCCCUAUGUGAGGGCUUCCUGGGGAGCACAGCGUCCUGGAAACAGUGGUGACCACGUCCUAAUUCUGUCACUGAGGAGUAGCCACUUGGAUUGCUUUUUGCUCAGCAUAGGGUGACUCUGGGGCCACUUCACAACAGUGAGUGGACAAGGGAUGCCAUGGGACUCAAAAGGGUUAGCAACUGCCAAAAGUUGCUGGAUUGUCAUAGCUUUCCCCAAGGGCUGGUACACUAAGAUCUUUGUUUCUCCCAGUUCAAAGCACAGGGUAAAUAAUUUUACAUUAAAAGAACCAAAAAGUUUCAA